UAAUAUCUGAGUGCCUCCCAGACUAAAAGACUGCCAUAGCAAGGUCCCUACUUGACCUCAUGGAGUCUUCUGCUCUUCUCCCUUCUCAGGUGUUGGGAAGCACCAGCCGGGAGUUUCCCAGGGCUCUGUUUAUUUCCUCAGGCUCCGUCAUGUCGUGCUUCACCCAGCUAUGGCACUCAAACACACCAGACUCUCCCACCAGCCCAGUCCCUGUGUCUCCCAGUGAAAUUCCCAUCCCCAUCAGCCCCAUUGUUAUCACCUCCCCAGGAGAUGGCAAGAGGAAGGUGAGGUCCCCAACUGACAAGCCAGGCUCUCCAAACCCAACGUCUCCCAAGCCCACCUCCCCUGUUGAAUGUUCCAUUUGCUUUAACACCUAUGACAAUACCUUCAAGACUCCCAAGCUGCUCCAGUGCUCCCAUGUUUUCUGCCUGGAGUGCGUGGCUCGCCUGAGCACAGGGCUGCCCCCAAACCAACCAGAGGACCAGCUUCCCUGCCCCUUCUGCAGACAGCUGACCAGCAUCCCCUUGGAGGGUGCUCCAGCACUCGAGACCAGCAAGCAGCUCCUUGCCACGCUGCCCCCUGAACUCCAGCAGGAGAAGGUGCUCUGGAUGGAAGGGACCAAGCUCUGCUGCCGCCAGUCAUCUGAAGACCCUGAGAAUCCAGACUCGUGCAUCUCCAUCGAUGUUGCCAUGAGCAAGCCAGAAGCUCCAGAGGCCCCUCCGGCAGGAUUAGCUGGGAGGCUCUCCCGUUGUGACAUGUGCGAUGACUGGAAACGCAUAGUCCUUCUCUCAGCAUUGAUCAUCAUCCUAUUCUGCAUCAUUUUGUGGCCAGUCCAAUGUGCCCUGAAGACAGGGAAUCUCCGCUGCUUCACAAGAACUGUUGCAAUAAGCAGGCCAGAGUAUCUUCCCCCUAAACAUACCACAGCAGCAGCACCUGUGACACAACUGCCUUUCCAGUAGCAGCAAGGCAGCCCCUCACUAACCACUAGCAGAGCUGUCAGCUCCCUCCCAGCACAGCAUGUCAGGAAGGCAGGAACAGGACCUACUGCCCUGACAACAUUCCUUAGUUUUCUUGCAGGCCCUAUGGUCUGCUCUGCACACUUGCUCUGUGCCUGCAGGUGGACACAUGCAUCCACUUCUGUGCAGCUCUGCUGAAAUGCUUGCCUGCCAAACUGCCUUCAGCCCAGUAAUGCUUCAAGGACCUGCCUCAGUUUCCUGUUACCUCACUCUCCUUGGAAACCUUGAAAACCCAUGCAAUGGGCAACUGAUACUUUUCUAGGACUGGUUUUAAAGAGUGACACAGAUGGCUCAUGCUCUCUUGGCUGGAUGCCAAAUGACAGUGAGCUCCCUCAGGGAAUAAAGGGCUAUUUUUGCAAACUGAAGGAUCUACAUGGUUAUUCCUGAGAAGCUGGGUUUGGGAAGAUAAAUACAUAUAAACAGAUGAAAACCAAUCUUAUUCCACAUACUUGAAACAUUUCAAUUGUGUUAUUUAAUGUUGGCAGCGCUGAACACUGCCUUCUGCUGUUGAAACGUAGAUCUGUUAUUGCUACCCACCUUCCAAGUUGUGUUAGCUGCCUGAUGAGCUAAAGCACUACUGAAAUUCUGAACAGAAGAGGGUAGCCAGGCUGCUGGUUUUUUUUCUAAGACAUUAUUUAAAAGCACUCGCCCCUUACCUGGAAAGGGGAAGUGAAUUCCUUUUGAAAAUGGGGGUGAGCUCUUUACAGGCACACUCUGACACAGCAGUAUAAACCUCCCCCUCAAGUUUCAGUGUUAUUUAAUCAGUGAACUUCACACUUCCCAUAGAGAAACCAUUGCCAAAAUGAUACAAGUUCCAUCUUUUGACAGCUUUGCCCUCCUGACCUUAAAGGGUGUCAGUAUUAAGAUACAGGCCAGUUGCUUACUCUAUAUUUUUAUUUAAUGCAGUGACCUUCUGGCAAUGAUUAAACAAAGGUCUUCAUGAACAAGAAGGCUUACAAUUAUUAUAUCUUGUUUAUUCUAACACAUGGAUGUAAGACAGUACUGUAUGCAAGUACUAUACCUGUAUUUAUUAAAUUACAUUUUAUAUAA